AUGAAAGAAUGCGUGAAAGUUAAAGAGAAUUAUGGAGAAAAAUAUAAAGAUUUUAGAUUAUCAAAAAGGUUUGGAAAUUUAUUGAAACGUGUCGAGAAAGGUGAUGAAGCGUUAAGAUGGUUUAUAGAAUUCGAAUGUCUCUCCGCACAAAAUGAAAAUGAGAUAGAAAGAAAAAAUGAAGAUGGUAAGAAAGCAUUUGAAUUAUUUAUGAAAUCAGCUAUUGGAGGAUAUUCCAAAGGACAGUGUGUUGUAGGAUUUUAUUAUUCUAAUGGAAUAGGAACGCAACAAGAUUAUGAGAAAGCAAUGGUAUUUAAAAUCGGCCAAAAAUGGGGAUGCGAUGGCGCAUAA